AGGUCAGCUGGUAUAUCUUUAAUUACUUCUUUAACAUGGCAGCAACAGCAGUACAGGCAGUGGGCAUUGCGAAAAAUAUUUCACCGCUGUACUAUAGGAUUUUGUCGAAAUUUCCACAAAACUUCACAUUCUGUUUCGCAUAUGGAUCAGCAGUGAAGCCUCAGAUUGGAAACCAGAAUAAACAAAGCAUGAUAGACCUUAUCUACUGUGUAGAUAACUCAUACCGAUGGCACGGAGCAAACAUUCAACAAAAUCCUUCACAUUACUCGGCACUUCGUUACCUGGGCAAAGGGUUUGUUGCAAGGUUUCAAGAAAACUGGGGUGCUAAAGUCUACUUCAAUACUCUAGUGGAACUAAAGGAUGAAAAUAUUAUGAUUAAAUAUGGUGUUAUAUCUCAGAAGGAUUUGAUUGCUGACCUGCUGGAUUGGGAUAACCUGUAUGUAGCUGGUCGUCUCCACAAGCCUGUUGAAAUCAUAAAACAAACCAACAGCUCCCAGCUACAAAAUGCUCUGCAAUCUAACUUACGAUCAGCUGUACAUACCGCUCUUCUUAUACUUCCUGAAACAUUCUCAGAAUACGACUUCUAUUUCGCCAUUUCCAACCUGAGUUAUGCUGGAGACUUUAGAAUGACUUUUGGAGAAAAUAAAAACAAAGUAAGAAAUAUAGUUCAACCUCAGUUGGUGAAUUUUCGGGAACUGUAUAGGCCAAUCUUGCAGCAAUUCCACGCCUAUGUAGAUUUUCCAAGUGGAGAUGCCCAGUGCCACCAGGACCUGAAUCCAGAGACUAAGCUGCACCACCUGAUGCAAUUGCCAAUGAUCCCACAAAGGCGGAUAGUUAAGUUCUGGAACCAUGGUGGUCUUCAACAAGAUAUGGAAGAUGUGCUCCGUGCUGUUGCUUACGACAUUGAUUGUGCAGUCAUUUUGAGACAAAUACUCAAAGAUUUGGUUUGGCAGUCUAGUGUAAGGCAGUCUGUUAAAGGCAUCCUUACUGCAGGAUUUUUAAAAUCAAUACGUUAUAGUGCUAAGAAAAUUGCUAAAAUGUUUUAAAUGUACAAAUUAGUGACUUUAAGCAUAAUAGUGCAAUAAGACAGUUGAUUUAUGUAUAAAAAUAAAUGUAACAUGCUUAAUCAAUAAAGUAAUUUAUUUAA